AUGGCUAAAAUAUGGACCACCACUCUACUUCUGGUGGCUCUUAUUUGUAUGUCAGCAGCAGCAGCAGUAGAAGCAAGAACCAAAUUGUACCCAAUCAAUGAUCAAGGUGCUAAUAAUAGCAUUUGCAAAACAAUGGUGGAGACACAAGGCUUUGUUUGCCAAGAACAUCAAGUGACAACACAAGAUGGAUACAUUCUUGGAUUGCAGAGGAUUCCAGUUGGGCGUUCGGGUAAAACAGCAGACAAACCACCAGUUUUGCUACAGCAUGGACUCUUCAUAGACGCUGCAACAUGGCUAUUCAAUUCCCCUGAUGAGUCUUUGGCAUUUAUCUUGGCAGACAAUGGUUUUGAUGUGUGGCUUGCUAAUUCUAGAGGGACAAUGUCUAGCCAGGAACACAAGUCACUUAGUCCUAAUGAUCCGGCCUACUGGGAGUGGUCAUGGGAUGAACUGGCUUCUCAUGAUCUUCCUGCUGUAUUCAAGUAUAUUUAUGGUCAGACAGGGCAGAACCUUCACUAUGUUGGGCAUUCUUUGGGAACUUUGAUUGCUUUGGCUGUUUUCUCCCAACACCAACUCCUGAACAUGAUCAGAUCAGCUGUCUUGCUUAGUCCAAUUGCUCAUCUGCAGAAUAUCCAAUCCAUGCUCAUGAAAGCGGCUGCUCAGGAUUUUUUAGCUGAAGAUCUGUACUGGUUGGGUCUUCAUGAAUUUGUUCCAAAAGGGCUAGAAGCUGCCAAACUUCUGAAUCAACUAUGCAAACUACCAGGAAUUGACUGCUCAAACUUAAUGACUGCCUUCACAGGGCCAAAUUGCUGUGUUAAUUCUUCCAAGGCAGAUAUUUUUCUUCAACAUGAACCUCAGUCUACAUCCACCAAGAACAUGAUUCAUUUGGCUCAGAUGACCAGAACUGGAAAUAUAACGAAAUUCGAUUAUGGAAAUGAAGAGGGAAACAUGAAUCACUAUGGGCAGCCAACUCCUCCAGUGUACAACAUGAGUAGCAUCCCAAAUGAGCUUCCACUUUACCUCAGCUAUGGAGGGAAAGACACACUUUCUGAUAUGAAAGAUGUGCAAGUUUUGCUAGACGACCUAAAAAACCAUGAUAAAGACAAACUGGUGGCUCAGUACAUUGAAGACUAUGCUCAUGCAGAUUUUGUUAUGGGUGUUAAUGCUAACAAAGUUGUAUAUGAUCCUUUGAUGGCCUUCUUCAGCCUCCACUGAGUUUUCACUUCCAAGUUGCUGCUCUAC